AUGGCCGGGCUGGGGCAGCGAACAGUAGCUGAUGGGACAGCGGCCUGGAAUCAAGCAUGGGGCGGAUGCCGCUUAACACCCCUGGUCCGCACUGAAUCACGCAGAUCGUGCUGCGCGUGCAGAGUCGACCAAGGUGAAGGAGUACGGGCAGUGUACGCGCAGGUGCUCUUGGUCGCUAGAGCGCCGCCUGUGCCUGUCUGGUGCGAACUGUCUGUCCCCAAGCCAGUCCAAACCCUGAUGAAGCUGUCAGUCCGCUUCGAGCAGCGCAGCGGCCUCUCCCAGCCCAGUCGUGACAAGACCCCGUCGCUGCUGCUCAGGUGGGUGGCUCCUGCACCACCGCCAGCACCCUCCACCAAUGAGCGCGCCGCACGGUGGGUCGAUCCUUCCAGCGCGCCGCGGACCAGCCAAUCACGGCGCUGGCGCCUCUGA